AUGCUUACUCCAGUUGGUCUCAUCUCUAUGAUACUUUUGGGACUUGAGUCCCUUGUUGCAAGCCUGGCAAAUGGAUUUAUUAUAGUUGUGAUUUUCACUGGCUGGAUCAAAAGCAGAAAGGUGGCCUCCUGUGAGCUCAUUCUGACCUCCCUGAGUAUCUCCAGGUUUCUCCUACAAUGGAUUGUAAUGCUAAGCAACGUCAUCUAUAUCGUUUUUCCAAGGACUUCUGCACUAGGAUGCAAACACAAAGGAUUCGGAAUCCUGUGGAAUUUUCUAAACAUGGUCAGUCUCUGGUGUGCCGCCUGGCUUAGCGUCUUCUACUCUGUAAAGAUUGCCAACUUCACCCGACCCUUCUUUCUCUGGUUGAAGCUGAGAAUUGCUUGGCUGGUGCCAAGGCUGCUCCUGGGGUCCCUGAUGGUUUCCUUGGUCAGUACCAUCCCAUUAGUCUGGACUGAUGUUGGGUUUGAUCUGUGCAACUCAAGAAAAAUCCCGGAAGGAAACAGAACCUUGAAUGAUACUAAGGAUAUCCCAUAUCUCUUCUUUAUGCCUAUGGAAAUCAUUGUAUCUGCCAUCCCUUUCAUCAUAUUCUUAUUUUCAUCCAUCCUAUUGCUCAUCUCUCAAUGGAAACACACCAAGAAAAUGAAAAACAAUGUUACUGGUUUGAAAGAUCUCAGUGUGGCGGCCCAUACCAAUGCCAUGAAAUCUCUGCUCUCCUUUUUUAUCCUCUUCAUUAUAUAUUUUGUGACUAUAAUAGUCAUCUUGGCAGGCACAAUCAGAUUUCAAAACCCUGCCCGUUUAUCUUAUGAAGUUCUACUUUCUGCAUAUCCUUCUGGACACCCCAUUGUUUUGGUUCUGACCAAUCCAAAACUGAAACAGUUGUCAGUGAAGAUUCUGCAUCAAAUCAAAUGCCAACUAAGAGAAGGGACUUCAUAAAUCCUAUUACAACACCCCAAAGAGGGGCCCUUUCACUCGCAUCCAACAUAGGAAGGGAAUCAAAUCUGUAUUCUGCAUUUCACAUUAGAUAUUUUUCUCUAUACUAUUCCUCAGAGCGAUUAUUUGCUGAACUGCAGCUUCACUCCCAGCCCUGCAUGGAAAGGCUCCCACCUUUGAUAGGCUCUCCAUCUCUCCUCCCACAGAUCCUUACUUAAUAACCACUCAUUCCAUGUUACCCUACUGCAGCCCCCUUAUCUGAAUUCUUGUCCUGUAUUUCAGUUUGGAAGUGUUCAGUUAUAAUCUCUGUGUCUUAUUCUUUCUUUGGCACAAACCAAUAUAUAUAGGCAAUGCUAUUUAAAUCGCUACUAACAAGGGUCAUAAUUAAUACUUUUCUAUUAGGGUCUUACUUAUGGAUGCCCUCAUUAAACAUUUGUGAAAUGCUGGUGUCUGAAAUCAGGUGCAAUUUCUUGUGUAAGUAUAAAAUUGAAUCAUAGACACUAGAUCAGGGGCACAGCGGCAUUGUAGGGGGGUGGUCACCUGCUUCUGCCCUGAGGGGUUUAAGACAGCCCUGGGAGUGGGCUGUUGCAGGACAAAGUAGCUAUGAGGCUGACUGGGGAAGCAGCCGCAGCUGGGCCACGCCCCAAUCAGGCCUCAG